AUGGCACUUCAGGCAAACUUUCAUCGCUUUUUAAGCAUACUUAGAGUUAUUGAACCGGAUAAGUCGUCGGAAUCGGAGAGUGCAUCGGCCUUAACCUGUUUGCAUCUGACGCCAUUGGCUUGUUCAGCAGCCGAUAUCAUUGCAAGUCGUCCGGCAACUGCGCUCAAUCGAAACGGUAGAUUUCGCAUGGAUGAUCCCAAUCCUUCAGCGCCAAAACGGCGAAUCUACAAAGUCGUCCUCACCGGUGGACCAUGCGGAGGAAAAACUACAGGACAGGAUCGGUUGCGAACAUUUUUUGAGAGUAUCGGCUGGAAAGUUUACACGAUACCUGAGACGGCAACUGUUUUAUUGGGCGGUGGAGUGAAGUUCAGUGAGUUGAAUGGUGAGCAAUCGUACGCCUUCCAGAAGGAUCUCCUCCUAACAAUGCUCCGUAUCGAAUCGGUAGUUUUCUUCAACCAAGCGGAAUUAUCAUCCGCAGAUUAUGUGUUAGUUAUCUGUGAUCGUGGUGCUAUGGAUCCAUCGGCUUACAUCGACAAUCAGUUAUGGCAAAAACUUCUUCAAGAAGCGGAUUUGGAGCUGUUCAGUCUGAGAGAAGAUAGAUAUGAUCAGGGAACACUCUAUGGAACUUCCCGUGCUACGUUAACUAAUGCGCAUUCACAGAUUAUUCACCUGACAACAGCUGCAGACGGAGCGGUUGACUAUUACACGUUGGCCAAUAAUUCGAUUCGAUCUGAGGGUGUCGCUCAAGCACUCGAACAGGAUCGAUUGACUCGAAAUGCAUGGCUUGGACAUCCACGCGUUGAUGUCAUUGAUAACACUGGCUGCAAGUCAUUCGAAGAUAAAAUCAUACGUGUUAUCGCGGCCGUUUGCGAUCGUAUGGGCUUGUGCACGCAGGAUCGUCUUGCGUUCAACAGCAGAAAACGAAAAUGGCUGGUUGCUUCGAUAGACGAAUCUCAAAUGCCUCGAUCAGAAGUAUACAAUGUUUGGCAUCGCUAUCUUUGCACUGAGGAUCCCAAAGUUCAAGUUCGAUUACGAUCUCGCAGUCAGAAUGGACGCACAAGUUAUUCGGUCACAACACGACAUUUCACUCUACCCGAAACGGUCGAAACUCGAAUGCAGUUAACAACUCGAGAGUAUUCGAACUACAAGAAGAUGGAAGAUGGAUCGCGUGCUGCUAUCCACAAGGAGAGACGAUGUUUCAUGUUCCACAAGCAGUACUUUCACAUUGAUAUCUACAAAACGCCGUUGCCGCCGUUUUGUGAUGGAAAACUGUUGAUGAUUCUCGAAACUUACACGACGGCACCUGCACACAGCGCAGAACCCGAGUUACCGGAUUUCAUGAAGAUUGAACGCGAAGUGACCGGCGAUCUCACUUACAGCAUGUACAACAUCGCGAAAAUUGAUCGUAAAUCGUCGAAAUGCUGA